AUGCUGUGGUUCCCGGUGAAGAAGAUCCGGAAGCAGUUCAAGCUGCUGCUGCUGCUGGUGCUGCUCACCUUCGCCGUGUGGUUCACCUACCUGCAUAUCAGCCAGGUGCGCCAAGGCAGGGCGCUGCGCCUGCACUUCGCCUACGGCAGGGAUGGUGAGCGACUGGCUGAGGUGACAGAUCCUGGCAGACGAUCGGCCCAUGAGGCAUCUCUUCACAGGAAGGCUGAGGAUUCUAGCGAGAGCCGGGAGGAUGAGCAGAUGGUUGAAGAGCUUGGGAUUGAUGGGUGGUUUUCAAAAAGACAUGGACUUGACAGAGCUGGAAAACCUCCAAAGCCAAACAUAACCAGGCAUGUUCUGCCAUGGAAUGAACAGUACAAAGGGAAAGCAAACCUGCAUGUAUUUGAAGACUGGUGUGGAGGAGCUGUGGGUCAUCUAAGGAAGAACCUGCAUUUCCCCCUGUAUCCGCAUACACGCACAACAGUAAAGAAGUUGGCUGUGUCGCCCAAGUGGAAGAAUUAUGGGUUACGUAUAUUUGGGUACAUUCAUCCUUUCAAAGAUGGAGACUUCCAGUUUUCUGUAGCUUCAGAUGAUAACUCUGAAUUCUGGCUCAGCUCUGAUGACAGUCCAGCCAAUGCACGUCUGGUGGCAUUUGUGGGCAAGCUGGGUUCUGAGUGGACUGCCCCAGGAGAGUUCACAAAAUUCAGCUCACAAGUUUCCAAGCCUAUCCGCCUCCUCUCAUCCAGGCACUACUACUUUGAGCUCCUUCAUAAGCAGGAUGACCAUGGAUCAGACCAUGUGGAAGUUGGUUGGCGAGUUUUCCUUCCCAGUUUCAAGUUUGAAGUGGUUGAUUCCCCCUACAUCUCAUUGUAUACAGAUGAAUCCAGUCUGAAAAUGAACGAGGUGGAGCACGUGCCUCAGUCUCUUGCCAGUCAUGCUGGCAGCUACCUCUGGGGUGCACACAGAGAUGAGCAUGGAGCAGAUAUGCUGAAGCCUGACCCUCGAGAUACUUUCUUCCUCACUCCCCAGAUUGAGCCAUCCCAUGUGGAGAACGUGCUGGUGCCCUGUGCUUACAGCCCCACCUAUGUGGUGAAGGACUUCCCAAUUGCCCGCUACCAGGGCCUGCAAUUUGUCUACCUCUCAUUUGUCUACCCUAAUGAUUUCACCCGGCUAACGCACAUGGAGACAGAGAACAAAUGCUUCUACAGAGAGUCUCCUCUUUAUCUGGAAAAAUUUGGCUUUUACAAGUACAUGAAGAUGGAUGAAGAGGAAGAGGAUCUUCACCAGAGAGCCUUUCUCUUCCUGAACCCAGAAAAUUUUCUUGAAGAGGAGGAGGAAGGAGCUGACAGUCCUGAGCCCACUGAUCCACUUCCUGAUACCAAGGACAGGAGUCCCAGUAUGCUGGAUCCUCAUAUAUUGCCUGGGACCGAGAGAAAGGAGAGAACCCUGACCACAAAAGAAUAUGGGGAUGACAGGGACUACGAUGCUUUCCAUCAGAAGCAAAAGAGGUUUAAUGAAGAGGGAGUCCUGGCUGCACAGCCAGUCACUACAGGCACAAACAGUGGACCGAGCCUGAGUCCUGUGAUUUCAUCCAAAGGCUUCCAAGCCUAUGAGAAUGUAGUAGCUUUAGGAGAACAAGAUGUUAUCCAUAGUCGGUCUCUCAGCUGGGCAGAAAAUGAGGAGGAUGAGCAGAAGGGACAGAAGGAGGGCGAGCUGGGACUGCUGCCACCAUCAAAGCGGGGCAGCUCCCUCAGCCUCCAUCCUCACCUCUCGAUGUCCUUCUUUGCUGGUAAGACUAAACAGCAGAGCCCUAAGGAGGAAAAACAGCCCAUGAAGGAGAGCAAGAAACCCCCUGAGAAAGUGUACGUGACCCGGCUGAAGCCAAGCAAGAAGAAGGCCCCAUCUCAAAAGGAUACUUUCCCUGGAGUUUUCCUCUAUCCCAAGCCUCCAAGGAAGAUGCAGUUGAACUCCAAGACCUCUCAACGUCGGUCUGCUCCCUCCAACAGAUUCCACAAUAUCCCUGGUCAUAGGACACCUUGGCUCACUGGCAACAUUUCCAGGGAAACAGACCCUUCCAAAAAGAAAAGCCAACGAGGCAAUAGGAAAUGGGAGCAGCUGUAUGAUCAAGAGACCUCCAAGGCCAAGAUUAAGCACAACAUGCAGCCUGGUGUGUUGACCUUGCCUGCAGAACGACUGUUUAGCAAAGAAAACUUUGAGGUUUCCACCCCAGCAAGGGCGACCUUGGAUUACAAUUCCUCAGAGGCAGUGCUCUCUGAAGGGCUGAGAGUGACGUCAUUCCUCAGGAUGUCAGAGAUGACAGAAUCUCAGCAGGAUGAGGCUGAGGGCCCAGAGAAGGCCCAAGAGGAGGAGGUAGAGGAGGAACUGUCUGAUUAUAGCUAUGAGAACUCUGAGCUGCAGCAGAGCUGGCUAGAGGACUCUAUCAAUUGGCAAAGGACGUUCAGUGUCAGCCCUGUGGACUUUGAACUGUUGCGCUCAGAUUGGAAUGACCUGCGGUGCAACGUCUCAGGAAACCUGCAGCUGAGCGAAAGCGAGGUGGUAGACGUGGUGGCCCAGUAUAUGGAGAAACUCAAUGAGAAGAAUGGCGGCAUCUACACUCUCUUGCGGAUCAUCAAUGUGGAGAAGCGGCGAGACACAGCCCGGGGCAACCGCUAUCUAGUGGAGCUGGAGCUCAUGGAGAGGGGGCAAAGGACUGUACGGCUCUCAGAGUACAUCUAUGUUCUGCUGCACCAGGGCAAGUCAGAAGACAGCACUGAAGUCAACCCUGAGGGGCCUGCAACUGUGUCCACUGAGUCUCAGCCACCACCGAGUGCCUGGAGUCUGCUGUAUGGAAAGCCCAUCCUGUGCCGGCCUCUGCGGCUUAACUGGAGGCAUGAUGUUAUGGUACAUUUUGUGGUGCCAGUGAAGAACCAGGCACGCUGGGUACAGCAGUUUAUCUCUGACAUGGCCAACCUAUACUUGAACACCAAGGAUGCCAACUUCAACAUUAUCUUGGUGGACUUCGAUAGUGAUGACAUGGAUGUGGAGAAGGCACUUCAAGAGGCUCACCUGCCCAGGUAUCAAUACUUGAAGCGCACAGGGAACUUUGAGCGCUCUGCUGGACUGCAGGCUGGAGUAGACUCUAUAGAGGAUGGUAGCAGUAUUGUUUUCCUGUGUGAUCUGCACAUCCACUUCCCCCUCAACAUUUUAGACAGCAUCCGAAAGCAUUGUGUGGAGGGGAAACUGGCCUACGCACCCAUCGUCAUGAGGCUGGGCUGUGGGAGCUCUCCGCGAGAACCCAACGGCUAUUGGGAAGUGAAUGGCUUUGGCCUCUUUGGGAUCUAUAAGUCUGACUUUGAUCGUAUUGGAGGGAUGAACACAGAAGAGUUCCGGGACCGCUGGGGUGGAGAGGACUGGGAGUUGCUGGACAGAGUACUGCAGAGUGGGCUAGAGGUGGAACGUUUGCGACUCAGGAACUUUUACCAUUACUACCAUUCCAAACGUGGCAUGUGGAAUUCACGCAACAAGAAGACACCCAAAGACUAA